UUUCAGUACACAAAAGUGUUUGACAAAUUUCCUGAGUGACACAGAAAAUGUCGACCCGCGAUGAGAGCCACAACAAAGCCGGCCAAGCCGCUGGCCGUGCUCAGGAGGAGAAAGAUAGGAUGACAGAGAAGGCAAGAGAAGCUGCAGGAGGAGUGAAAGACAAGGCGAACCAGGCGAAAGACAAGGGAUGGGAGAGCGCCCAAGCGGGGAAAGAGCGUGCGCAGGAGAGUAAGGACCAGACGGGCAGUUUCGUCGGGGAGAAAACCGAGGCUGCCAAGCAGAAGGCCUAUGAAGCUGCUGAGGCUGCAAGACAGAAAGCCCAGGAAGUGAAAGAGAUGAGCAAGGAAAAGACGUCGGAAGCGGGGGAGAGAACCAAGGAGACGACACAGGCUGGGAAAGAGAAGACAAGUGGGAUACUGCAGCAGACUGGGGAGAAGCUGAGGGAUAUGGCUCAAGGUGCUGCUGAAGCUGCUAAGCACACCUUCGGAAUGAAUACCGAAGAAUCCGAAGAUGCACACAAAACCACCACUCGUACUACUAAUACCAAGGAAUAAUA